AUGUUCAGAUUCAACUCCACAUUCAACGAUCAGUUCUUGCACCUCGACUAUGACCAAGAAACCGACGACUCCAUUGAGGACAUUGCCACCAGUUGGUUCGUCUGGCUUGUCGCCUUCACGGCUUCCAUCGCCGGUGGUCUCUUUGGCUACGAUACCGGUAUCAUCUCUGCUGUGCUGGUCUACCUAUACAGCGGCCUCGACGGCCGUCCUACAUCCGAGAAUGAAAAACAGUUGAUAACUAGCCUGUGCUCUGGCGGUGCUUUUGUUGGCGCCAUCAUUGCCGGACUAACUGCGGAUAAGUCCUCCAAGGUUCAGUAUACUUGGGCAGAUGUCAGUAAGACGCUUGGUCGUCGGAUUCGGAGUUGGCAGUGCCUCGAGGGCUGUGCCAUUAUAUAUAGCAGAAAUAUCGCCCACAAAGGUCCGCGGGCACCUCAUCGGUCUCAACAUGUCAAGAGUUCCCCCGACAGCUUGUGUACCAUGGCCGGAUCCAAGAAGCCGAGGCCGUUAUCCGCAAGAUCUACAAAGGCGCCUCAGACGCCCAGAUUUAGUCCGAAGUCCGCCUUAUCGCCUCUGCCUGUGAUGAAUUUCGAGACCUCAACCAGGACUCGACCCGCCGGGCCAAGAUCAAGCUCCUGCACACAAACCCGGCAUAUUUCCGCGCCCUGA